AUGAAGCCGCGACCGCCGGCAACGGCCGCCGGCACUGCUGCGACGCCCUCGCCAAACAAUCUGAACUUAUCCAAGCACGACACCACGGACGGCAAAGGUGUUCGGGUAUCAGGAUCCUCUUCGACGGUAGAGAGCAACGGCAGCGUCAAAGCAAGCGGCAAGCAGAGCAAUGGCAGCACGGAGACGCUACCAGCCCUCUUGGAUCGGCCAUCUUCAUCCCACAACAAGGCUGCCAAGGCUAUCCACAAUGGUCGCAGAAGUUCAUGGUCAAUAUCGCUCUUGUCUUUGGCAAUGGCUAGUCUUGGCAUUAGCCUCCUGCUAGCCAUCGUGAACUCGCUCGUCACUCGUCAGUUCGAUCCCAAAGGAUGCCGCAUGUCCUACAUGAGACCGUCGUACAUACCCUUCCCCGACUUCGACACUGAACAUACGAGGUUCGCGACCAAGUACUCCUUGUACCUGUACCGCGAGCAAGGGGUCGACGACCCGGAUAAGCUACGAGGCACUCCCGUCUUGUUCAUCCCCGGCAACGCUGGGAGCUACAAGCAGGUCCGGCCCAUAGCCGCAGAGGCAGCCAACUACUUCAAACAGUACGUCGUGACCGACGGCUUCUCGAUCGGCGCCGGCGUACGCAACCUUGACUUCUUCACGGUCGACUUCAACGAGGACAUUACUGCCUUUCACGGGCAAACGCUGUGGGACCAAGCCGAAUACCUCAACGAAGCAGUGCGGUACAUUCUGGCGCUCUACUCUGACCCGCAACGUGUAGUCCGUGACGCACACCAGCCCGAACCAUCCUCAAUCAUCAUUCUGGGGCAUUCGAUGGGAGGCAUCGUGGCACGGACGAUGCUUGUGCAGCCAAACUACCAAACCGACUCCAUCAAUACCAUCAUCACAAUGUCCGCUCCUCACGCACGGGCUCCUGUCAGCUUUGACGGCCAGAUUGUCCAAAUUUACGACCAGAUCAACGGCUUUUGGAGGGACGCAUUCACACAGAAGUCUAUUGGUCAGAACCCUCUCAAGGAUGUCACGCUUCUGUCCAUUGCGGGAGGUAACCUCGACACUAUCGUGCCGUCCGACUAUGCGAGCGUCGACUCACUGGUACCGGAGACGCAUGGUUUUACUGUGUUCACGACCGGCAUUCCUACAGUCUGGACCAGCAUGGAUCACCAAGCCAUCUUGUGGUGCGAUCAGUUCAGAAAAGUGGUGGCUCACUCGCUUUUCGAUAUCGUUGACGUCCGCCGCGGGUCCCAGACCAAGCCCCGGGAAGAGCGCAUGAACGUCUUCAGGAAACGUUUCCUGACGGGCCUGGAAUCAUCCAACAUGACGACACCGCAAACGCGGGAUCCUACGACGCUUCUUAGAUUCAACGACGACUCCACGGAGGUGCUGUCUCCCGGCCACCGACUUGUCUUGUCUGAGCUUGGAGGACACACAAAAGGCAAAGCCCAUCUCAUCCCGGUUCCCCCACAAGGAUCGCCCCAAUCGAAGCGAUUCACGCUCCUCACCGAUCAGUGGCUCAAUGGAGGCACUGCCGACGACCUCGACGUGCUAUUGUGUAGAGUUUCAGAUUACAUGCCCGGCUCAUUGCCGAUGAUUGACCUUGCCAAGGGCACCGCUCGCGCAACGACUCUCGCUUGCAGACCGACUACAGGCGAUGUGUCACUCCUCCCACCCUCCACCUCGGCCAGCCGUCAUCCGUUCACCAGGGAUGGAGAGGCAAAGAAGGACCCGUUCUCCUAUGUUCAAUAUGACAUUGAAAACAUUUUGGAUGAUCAGUUCAUCGCAGUGGUGGACAGGAAAUCGUCGACUGCCAGCAAGUUCCUGAUUGCGGAACUGAGCGAUUACUCGGACUUUUAUCAGAAGCACGACAUUAAUCUCAUGCAGCUCUUGCAACAAGGCAUCAUGGCCGUCCUCCCUGCCAACCGACCCAUGGUGACAGAAGUGGAGAUAUCCAGUAUGACAUCGAGUCUCUUGGCCUAUCGGCUUCACUUGAAGCAGGACGCGUGCCGUGGAAAGCCAGCACUGUUCGCUCCCUUGGUCCGGCAGUACAUUGAGCAUCCUUACGAGUCACGCUUUUUUGUCAAUGCUCAAGAUGUGGACGUAAGCCUGCACGGCGUCGCACCGUAUCUGCCCCCUUCCUUGAAGCCUCGUGAGGCCAAGGGGGUGACGUUCCAGUUCUGGACAGACCCAUCGUGCGAAACGAGCCUGCAAAUCACGCUCGCCGUGGACCCUUUUGCAAGCCUCGGCAAGCUCUACAUGCGAUACCGCACAGUCUUUGCAGCAUUCCCCUUGCUGAUUGUGACGCUCGUACUGCGGAAGCAGUUCAGGGUGUACGACCUCACGGGGACCUUUGUCUCCUUUGCCGAGAGCCUGGACUUGUCGCUCCGUCGGUCAAUCCCACUGCUCGUACUCUCCAUGACCAUGCUGUCUCUCUCUGUGGGAACAGCUGUCGGCGCCGGGAGGUUUUUGUCACUCAAAGACCUCCUGUCAAGGACGCCUGUACCGAUCGAUUUUCAAAAGAACGAUCUUCUGAUUGGCACAAGCGAUCCAUUCUACUGGUUCCUGGUGCCACUCAUCGGUAUCGUCUGCCUGGGAGUGUGUGUGAUACUGCACUACGCUGCCCUAGGACUGACGCAUACUCUAGCUGGCAUAUGGUACCUGGUCGGUCUUGUCCCAGCAUUUGGCUCGACGCCUGUCACACAGUCGUCAUAUACGCCCACAACGCCGCGAAGACGCAUGAUCACGACCAUUACGCUGCUGUUGCUGGUCUCCUUCCUGAUCCCCUACCAGUUUGCCUACCUCGUGGCAUGCCUGGUCCAGCUGUGCGCAGUCGUCCGCGCGCUGCGCACCACGCGCCACUGCCCGUCCACCGCAAACACCAACUACUACAACUACGCGCACUCUGUUCUCCUCUUGAUGCUGUGGGUCCUCCCAAUCAACCUGCCCAUCCUGGCCGUCUGGAUCCGGAAUCUGGCGGUGCACUGGCUCACGCCCUUCUCCUCGCACCACAACAUCCUGUCCAUUGCGCCCUUCAUCCUGCUGGUGGAGAACCUCACAUCGGGGAAGAUGGUCCCUCAGCUCAAGGGCGGACUGCGCCAUGUGACCAGCAUAUUACUGUUUGCCACCGCCGUGGCAGCGGCCAUCUACGGGGUCUCACACGCCUACAUGCUUCACCACCUUGUCAACAUCAUCGCGCUGUGGCUUGUCAUUGUCCACGCGACUGGCGAUUCAUGGUCCCUGACAGGCGUCGGCGCCAUGUUCGACGGCACCGCGAGUGAAGGUCGGCAAGUCAAGAAGACACCAUGA